CAGUUCCACCACCACCAUCCCACUUUUUCUUCUUCUUUCUUCUACGUCUAUCUACAUAAUUACACAAGUAAUCACAUAAAUAGGUGAGUGUCACCAAAUCAUCACACACUGAUCCCACCUCAAAGAUCCCACAAUUAUUUUCAUCCCACCGUUCUUCUUCUCUCCCCUCCCCUCUUUUGAUUUCUUUUUUAAGUUCCUUUCCCUGUUCUAACUUUCUAUUAACCAACAAUCCGAUCUGCUUGCCGUUUUCUUUUUCCCCUCUAAAGGUUAAUCUAUCUUUUCAUACAGGUUCUUUACCAAAUCCAACCCCACGAAAAGAAAAUCUCCAAGGUUACUCCUCGCUCUCUCCCUCUCUCUGUGUUCUUCUUGGUUCUCUCAAAUCGUUAUAAGCUGAUGAUUCAACACCAGGCCAAUCAUACUGACCAUCGAUUCUCAUCCUUGUUACAGAGCAAUCUCUCCCCGUCUCUCGAGGCUCUGGAGUUUCGUGUAUGAGGAUCAAAUCAGUAGCUGAGAAACUCAGCGAGGCCAGUGAAGAGACUGUGAGAAAGGUGGGAUCUUGCAGGAAUGUGGAAUAUACAGAGGACAGUGCGAGGUGGGUGUGGGGGAGCGAGGCAGAGGUUGCAGACGCAGUUUCAGGGGUACGAGAAUAUGGGAUCGUGGGCUUUCCGUCAUUUCCCAGACACGAUCUGGCGACCAUUUAUGAAGUCACCAGGCGGACCAGCCUCUAUAAUUCUGGCGUUCACAAUCUUCCUCGUCGUCGGCGCGUUGGUCUGCUCGCGUUUCCUUAAUCCCACGAUAAUUUUCCCAGGUCACAAGCAGGGAACCACGUCGUACAUGACCAAUUCCUACUCCGGGAGGCAAGUGGAAAUUCCACUGAAUUGCAGUGAAUACAGCCGCACCGGAAAAUGCCAAGGAAACUACCCUACCUCAUCAGAUGAUCACGACCGUCAAGGAGCAGGCACGUGUCCGGAGUACUUCCGUUGGAUACACGAAGAUCUGAGGCCAUGGGCCCACACGGGAAUCACAGAGGAGAUGGUGAAGAGGGCGAAGAGGACGGCGAAUUUCAAACUGGUGAUAGUGGGAGGGAAGGCGUAUGUGGAGACGUACACGAAGGCUUUUCAGACGAGAGACGUUUUUACCCUGUGGGGGAUCCUACAGUUGUUGCGAAGGUACCCAGGGAAGGUUCCUGAUUUGGAGCUGAUGUUCGAUUGCGUGGACUGGCCUGUGAUUAGGACCGUUGACUAUAGCGGACCCAAUGCCACGGAACCACCUCCGCUUUUCCGUUACUGUGCCGAUGAUGCCACGUUGGAUAUUGUUUUCCCUGAUUGGUCCUUUUGGGGAUGGCCAGAGGUGAACAUAAAGCCAUGGGAGAGACUGUUGGGAGAGUUGAAAGAAGGAAACAAGAGAACAAAAUGGACAAAAAGGGAGCCUUAUGCUUACUGGAAAGGCAAUCCCGCCGUUGCUGAAACCAGACAAGACCUCCUUAAAUGCAAUCUCUCUCAAGCCCAUGAUUGGAAUGCUCGUUUAUACUCCCAGGAUUGGAUAUCAGAAUCUCGACAAGGGUUCAAGAAAUCAGACCUGGCCAGCCAAUGCACUCACAGGUAUAAGAUCUACAUUGAAGGGUCUGCCUGGUCCGUGAGUGAAAAAUAUAUAUUAUCCUGUGAUUCUGUCACUUUCUUAGUAACGCCCCAUUACUACGACUUCUUCACGAGAGGCUUGCUUCCACUCCACCACUAUUGGCCCAUCAAGGAAGAUGACAAAUGCAGAUCCAUUAAGUUCGCGGUUGAUUGGGGAAACACCCACAAAAAGAAGGCACAAGAGAUAGGAAAAGCAGCGAGUGAUUUCGUACAAGAAGAGUUGAAGAUGGAGUAUGUGUAUGAUUACAUGUUUCAUCUUUUAAGUUCGUAUGCUAAGUUGCUGAGAUACAAGCCCAGGGUGAGCGAGAAAGCUGUUGAGCUGUGUGCAGAAGCCAUGGUUUGUAAGGCAGAAGGGCUGGAAAAGAAGUUCAUGAUGGAUUCGAUGGUGAAGGCUCCUUCAAAUUCCAAUCCAUGCACUCUGCCUCCUCCCUACGACCCUCCAUCUUUACAUCAUCAUUUAAGGAGAAAGCAGGGUUCACUUCUGCAGGUUGAAUCGUGGCAGAGAAAGUACUGGGAGAAACAGGGUGUGCAAUAAAUUUUGAAUAUAUACAUAUUAGUUCUUUGAAUAUACAGGUGAAUCUGUUGAUUAUUAAAUUAGAGGUUUCUCAGCUGUGGAUUCUUUUUUUAAAACAAUUAUUAUUAUUACAGAUACAGAUUGAACACGCAUUA